AUGAUCCAACAUGGGCACUCGGUGCUGUCCUUGUUGGUGGGCGCGUCCCUUUUAAUUGGCGCGGCGGGACAAGGUGGCGGAGCAGGCGGAGGAGGUGGCGGCGCCGGCGGCGCCCCAGCUCCACCUCCAGGAGGAGGCGGUGUAGCUCCGGCUCCACCUCCAGGAGGAGGCGGUGUAGCUCCGGCUCCUCCUCCAGGAGGCGGUGGAGCAGGCGGAGCAGGCGGAGGCGGCGGGACAGCGUUGACGGAGCCGCACAUCACCAUCAAUGCCGACGAGGAGUGCAGGACAAGCGGCCCCCAGACCAUCACCGGUUACAUUUACUGCGACAACUACUUUGAGUUUUGGUUCAAUGGAGUUCUCGUGAAGCAGGACCCGAUGACGUUCACGCCGCACAACGCAGUUGCCGUCUCCUUCGAAUGGGAUGGCGUGUCCGACAAGGAAUACGCGAUUAUGUGCAUGGACUACGCUAGCAGCUCCGGGUACGAGUAUGUCGAGACCUCGAACCCGGGACUUGGCGACGGGUCGCUGAUGGCGGAGUUUUCGGAUGGCACCGCGACUGGCGCUGCCUGGGAUGUCUUCGUUCUGACACACGGGCCUACCGACGCGUCCAUUGCGGCAGGUUGCAGCAGCAGCAAUUUGGCACCAUGUGCGGUCGUUUCGUCGGCAGAGCCUGCAGGAUGGAUGGCUGGUGGCUACCAGGCCAGCGGUGGUUGGGUGUCAGCGACCGAAUACAGCGCCGCGCAGGCGGGUUGGGGGAGGACCCCGACUUGGGACGCGACCAGGAAUUGCUGUGGUACGGCCACAAGCCCGGCAACUCAGGAAACGCUGACCAACAAUGGCGGCUGCUCCGUCAAUUACGAAAGCACCAACCCGGACGGGGUCUCUGUUACAGUAACGGAAGAUGAGUGCUUGGAUCCGAAAGCCUUCUUGUCGGAGACGAGGUCGAAGAUGAUCUGGUCCUCCGACUUAGAGCGGGACAACAAGCUCCUCUUCCGCAUCACCGUGCCCGCCAAUCCGGCGACCGUGGUGCAAUGCCCUACAUGCAGUGCACCAACGGUUGAUCAAAGUGCGCAGCGAGUGCGCAAGGAGUUGCGAACGCUGAGCGCAGCAGACUGGAAGAAGGUGACGGACGCCAUGUGGAUCAUGAAGAAUACGGCACAGGCAGCUGGUGUCCAAACAUAUGGCCAGGCGUUCCGCACCUAUGACUACUUCCCGACCAAACACGCCGCGGCAUAUUCUGACGUGCGCGGCGACCAGGCUCACUUCGGCCUGCAGUUCAUGACUUGGCACAGCGCCUUUGUCUUGGAAUUCGAGAAUGCGCUGCUGUCUGUGGACAGCACGAUUGGCGCCUUGCCAUACUGGGACUCAACAGUGACCUCUCCGUCCAUCUUCUCGGAGACCUACUUCGGAAGUGCUCCUGGCACAGGGUCCGACUCUCAAGUUGUCGACGGUGCCUUCCCGAACUGGUGGAUCAAGGCGGGCUUUUCCUUGUCAGACUACAACCCAACCGGCAGCUCUCCAUACACUGGCUCGCCCGACGGAAUGCUGCGGGGGCCCACCAACAACAACGCGAAUGCCAUGAUGACUCGCUACGGCUCGGGCACUUACUCCUACGAUGCCAACGAGUUCUGGAUCUGCGCGAACUUGGACGGGUUUUGGUAUGACUGGUACAAGUGCGUCGAGGGUGAUGCGACUGUCAGCGGGAGCCUCCACGGAGGACCACAUGGGCAGGUGGGCAGCAGCUCGGGCGGCAACAGCGGCGACUUCGAGGACCCGGUCACAUCGCCGAAUGAUCCCCUCUUCAUGUUCCAUCAUGCAAAUGUGGACCGCAGCAUGCGUUGGUGGAUGCUGAAAAAUGCAGCCAAGCGCAGCACGUUCUAUGGCUUUCCUGCAGCCCAUGCUGAAGGCAUUCGCGAGAAUACCGGGAAGAGCUACUAUGGGCAGAACCUCCUUGACGUGAUGUCAAGCACGUGGGGUUUCACCGCUGCCGACCUUGGCUUCUCCGGUGCCUCCGCCGGGUUCCAGACCAACGCGGAUCUGCUUUGCCACAAUGGUCCUUCCACGAGUGCGUACACCUAUGACACGGAGGUGGCAUGCUCUGGAGGAAGCACGGCCUGCUCGGCGGUUUGGGGCGAUGCCACGACCGGGACGACACAGGCUGGGACGACGACAGAAGCCGGAACGACGACAGAAGCCGGGACAACGACAGCAGCCGGGACAACGACAGCAGCCGGGACGACACAGGCUGGGACGACGACAAAAGCCGGAACGACGACAGAAGCCGUUACAACGACAGCAGCCGGGACAACGACAGCAGCCGGAACGACGACAGAAGCCGGAACGACGACAGAGUCCGGGACGACAGAAGCCAGGCCUUCCUGCUCUGCAGGGCCAUUGACAAGGCAGCUCACCGCCAAGCAUGAGACGAACAGUUUUUCUGCCACGUUUUACAACCCGUUGCAUGAGGCCCUGGCUCAUAGGCUUCUCUUCAGCAAGAAUUCUAGGUGGUUGUCAGGAUUCUGGCUUCCAGAUUCACCCGUGGUUGCUCCUCCAUCUAGGCGAGCGUCAGAAGAUGCCACAAGAAUCAGAAGCACUAGCCACUGCAUGAAUCAAGUCAUUCUUUUCGCGGUCUUUAGGAUCCGAUCUAGUUCAAUCCUCGCACGGCCCUCGUAA